GAAAUGAAUCUGCAGCAGCCAGGUUCGCACUGACCCAACGGCAGCAGCAAACACAUCACAAAGUACUGUCGCACCAUGUUUGGGUUCCUCCUGCUUGCCUGUCUGUCUCCACAUCUGGUUGUCUGUGUACCUCAACCGCCCUGCCGUCGAUGCUGCGACCACCUCCCACGACUAGAUGACGCCGCGACCUUCAGAGAAAGCGUGCCUGAGGUCCGCACAUACAUCAACAUGACCAUUCUCAAAGGUGACAAGGGUGACCGUGGAGAAAGGGGCACUCCUGGGAAGCCUGGGAUUGAGGGUUCCCCGGGAACACGAGGGUCUGAAGGCCUUAAAGGAGAUAAGGGGCAAGCCGGAGCCCCAGGCGACGCCUGCAAGUCUCAGCACUCUGCUUUCUCAGUCGGCCGACGGAAGUCCCUUCACAGCGUUGACAACUACCAGGCCCUGAUCUUUGACACCAUCUUCGUCAACACCCCCGAACACUUUGACAUGUUUGCUGGGAAGUACCGUUGCCACAUACCGGGAAUCUACUUCUUCAAUGUGAACAUCCACACGUGGAACUUCAAGGAAACGUACCUGCACAUCAUGCAGAACGAUAGCGAGAGGGCCAUCGUUUACGCUCAGCCCAGCGACCGCUCCAUCAUGCAGAGCCAGAGCGUCAUGCUGCGUCUACAGGAGGGCGACGAGGUCUGGGUCCGUCUUUACAAGCGGGAGCGUGAGAAUGCCAUCUACAGCGACGACGUGGACAUUUACAUCACCUUUAACGGCUACCUCAUCAAACCUGAGACUGAGUAAUACCAGAAACGACGGCAGGAAGAAGGACAAGAUGCCAAAAUGCUUGAGCGGUGAAGCAACUUGAACAAAACUGAAAAUUUCAACGAAAGUUUAAACGAAACCCCCCAAAUACAGAAAACCAGUGACUGUGCACAAAAUGAUGUCCGACCAUUCUCAACUGGUGGAUCACGACCCAAAAAUGGAUCUGUUCUGAUGGAAUAACAAAGCUAAAUACAAAUUAAAAACUGAUGUUUAAAAAACGUGAAAACACUUCCCAUAUCUUUUGCUGUUGACGUCAAAAUCUGUGCGUCCAAACUAUACAGUAUCUAUACAAAUUACAGUAAGUUGGUGUUAUUUUAUUUCAUGGUAAAAGCUUAUCAAAUUAGAAGGAUGCCCACAUGGGCAGGUUGUGUAAUGUUAUCUUCAAAAACAAAUUUAUGCAAAGCAAAGAACGUAUGCUACAUCAGAUAUGGGGUUUGGUGCCAACCACAUUGUCUGUCAAGAGCAUCAGACAAGAAAUGCUAAGACUCAUGGUAAUAUUAAUACAGUUGUUAGAAUUUAGGGACAGGUCGGUUAACUACUGGAUAAUCAACAGUUCAAAUCUGAAGGACACUGAUGUAGCCCAGAUAUUUAAGUCUGUGUUUUGUCUUCCUAAGAUGUAUCUGCAGCGUCUGGGAAAUGGAAACUGGUUUAUGUUAGUUGUGAAAGGAUGUUUACAUGGUGUGACUGACUAUUUGAUCCUACUGAUGGUCUUUUCUGACCUUUAACGGGCAAAUGGAGUCGUAACAGGACAAGUUCAUCACACUGUUUGAAGCAUGAGGUUGCUGUAGGAUGUUCUGGGUGGUGGAUUGCUGUGGGGUUGCUAGGGUUUUGUAGAUGGUAGUCCAAUAUACACUACUGUUCAAAAGAUUGAGGUUGGUUUUUUAGAUCUUAUUUUGAAACCUCAAAAAAUGGUCAUUAUGAAAUAUUAUUGCAAUUUAAAAUUACUGAUAUAUUUUAAACUGGAAUUUAUUCCUAUGAUCAAAGCUGAAUUUUCAGCAUCAUUACUCGUGCCUUAAGUGUCAGAUGAUCCUUCAGAAAUCUAAUAUCCUAAACCUAAACAUAACCACCUUCUUACUUUCUUAGGCAUGUACUGUAAAAUAAAGUGCAACCAAACAAAAAUCUUACUAACCAUUACUUGAAUGGUAGUGUAUUUAUAAAAAAAACGCCAUAAAAAGAUAAGUAAUUAGCCACUAAUGGGCAGAGAGCACUGAGAAAGUCAGAUUUGAGUGUGUGUUGGUGUCUGGCUCUGUUUAUUGGAAGGAGUGGGGGCUUUUAGUCGAUGUUAAACAGGAUGUAUGUGGCUUUCCUAGUUCAGUAACAAUAAUCCACUUGAGAGAGACUCAGAUGAUAGAAAUAUAGAGAGGGAGAGCAAGAUUAAAUGUUCUGUAACCACAAGUUAAAGAUCUCUAACCAACACAUGACUUAAAAGAGUCUUCAAUAGAUGCUGGUUGUUAGUUUAGUAUCUUAAAGGGAUACUCCACCCAAAAAUGAAAAUUCUGUCGUCAUUUACUCACCCUCAAGUUGUUGCAAACCUGUAGGAGUUGAGUUCUUCUGCUGAACACAAAGCAAGAUGUUUAGAAGAACGACUGGAACUUUGCCACCAUUGACUAUCAUAGUAUUUUUUUUUUCUAUGGAAGUGAAUGGUGCCAAACAACUGUUUGGCUCCAAUCAUUCUUCAAAAUA